CUUCAUCUCCGCCGUCCACUUCUAUCUCCGACUCAAAACCGACCGGAGCAGGAGAUCCCUUGGUAGGUUGCUAUGGCGAAGGAUAAUUCUGCAUCUGAUGGCCGUAAUUCCGCCAGCUCGACGUCGCGAUCCGUUUCCACCGCUGAGAUUUCCUUCUCCGGCGGAUCCUCAUCACCAAACUACGGUUGCAACCCGUUUCUAUCGUCGUCAUACGACUCAGCCGACUACGCAAGGAAGGAUUUCUCCUUGAUCUUGGAUCGCGAUUCUCGAUCUCCAUCUGAGAACUCGAAUAAAGAAGCUGAAGCAAUUCCAACUGAACGCCGGUUUUUCCAGGUCAAUUUCGUCCUUGAGUACCAGUACAAUCGCUACGCUCUCUGUCUCGCUAACCUCCAUGAAUCUCUGGAGGAGGUCAAUUUGCUCCAUCGGGAGAACGAGGCUCUUCAUCUGGCCAACGUCGAUUUGGCCAACCGCCUGAGUCUCCUCUCUCAGGCGGCGAUCCAGAAUUGCCUCCUCUCCGAUUUCAGUCACUUAGGUAUCCGUGCUCGGGCCACUCCUGUCCGCGGCGGCGCUCUCGUCGCGGAACCAAAACCUCCAAAUGUCAGGCCACCGCUGAGAGCCACAGAGCAACACCGGCUAGAGAGAAGUGAUCAAGAGCUAAACCAAGUCCAGCUUCCAAAGAGCAUUUCUGUUCGCUCCCGUAGCUACCAGAAACUUAAGCCUUCGCUGUCCACUAAUUUUCUGUUGAUAAAUCAUCAAUGGAUGUCAAUUCGAGUGGAGAAAACUUCAAUUUGACGCCAUCUCUGUCUAUUAAUCUCUCCAAAUCAGGUUUCAUCACAGUUGAUCCAUAUUGAUCCUCUGUUCAUUGUGUUGGUUCUCAAAUUGAGUAUCCAACUUCAUUUUCAUUCUCAUGAUUGGAAUGAUUAGUUUCAGUCAUUCUUUCACUUCUGUAAAUUCAGAAGUUUCAUCAUGAUCAAUUUCACUCGUAUCGUUUUGAUCGAGUUUCACUCGUAUCGUUUUGAUCGAGUUUUACUUUCUUCAUCAUCCGGUUUUUGGUUGAUUUCAUCAAUUGCUUUUGUCAAUUGAUUUCAUUUCAUCCUUUGAUGUUUUCGUGUGAAUUCAUCAAUUGAUUUGUCAUCUCAUCUUCAUCAUCCGUUGUUGCAUGAUUCACGUUGCUGGAUGGAUGUCAAUAAAAGAGAUAUUCCAAAGACCAUCAAAUGCUUCACUCAAGGGACAGAACUGUGUUGCAACCUACCCCUGCAGCUGCAGUUGAUAUGCUACCACAGUUGCCUAUUCUGAUAACCCAUCCACCAGUUUUGCUGCAAAGUUUGUUCAUACAUCCCUAAACAAAAAUCGUUGUUUAAUUAAUCGUGUUGUGUGGACACCUACUGGGAGACGUCUUAUUACUGGAUCUCAAAGCGGUGAAUUUACUCUCUGGAAUGGGCAGUCUUUUAACUUUGAAAUGAUUCUUCAGGCUCAUGAUCAAGCGAUCAGAUUGCUUCACUCAAGCUGCCCUCUGUGAAGCUUUCCCAUAGGCUUUUUGGAUUUCCCAAAGGCACUACUACACUAGGUUGCAUCCUCAUUGAUGUAGUAUCAAGUGGUUUUGUCACAAUGGCAGUACAAGCCCCAGCAGCAAUGAUCAAAUUGGUAGAACACAAGAGCAAAUUCCUGGAUGUACUUGAAAAGGAAGAGAAACAUCCUAACAUCACAAUAGGAGUCAUUGUUCAAGCUUCUAUUUGGUGGAAAGAAGCAAUUAUCCUAUGAAACUUGUUGAAGAAUCAAUGAAGAGUGAUGCUGCAGAGAGUUCAAAGUUCAAACCAAAGAAAAGAUCCUAAACCAGAAGCUUACUGUUUUGGUCAACGGGUUUUUCAUCUACAUACACAUUGAAGUCAACACAGAUUUUAUUCCAUUGCAAGUUGAAGUUGUUCCCACCUUCAACUUGAGGGGAGGUGUUGGUG